AUGGAAAUUGUGGAAGAAGAAGCUACCCACGUCGUCAAUAUUCCGAGAUUCAACGAGGGCCUCCUAGCCAAGAUGGAAGACAGGUUCUCCAAGAGUAUUUACCCAUCAACAUUGCCUCCUGAAACAAGAACCACCGACAAGCGUUGCAUCUUCAGGAUUCCUAGGAGGCUCAACAACAUAAACGGUAAGUUGCUCAAGCCCCAGGUGGUCGCCCUCGGGCCCUACCACUACGGCAAGCCUCAGCUCCAGAAUAUGGAGGAGUUCAAGUGGCGGUGCCUCGCCAAGUUUAUGAAAAGUAGAAAGGGAAAAUUAGAGGAGUGCUUGAUAGAAUUAGGUCUACUUGAAAAGGAAGUGAGGGAGUGUUAUUCCGAAUCCGAAUCCGAAACCAUCAACCUCAGUAGCGAUGAGCUCCUUCAAAUGAUGGUCAUUGAUGGUUUUUUUAUAUUAAUGUUGCUUGUGAUCGCUGAAGUAAAUCAAGAUGAACAAGAUCGAGAUCUAUAUCGAUUCGUCAUCUACUAUAACCCUAUCAGCUCGCUAGAUGUGGUAAUAUUACCCAAGAUAUACGGAGACUUGCUCCUGCUUGAGAAUCAGAUUCCGUCUUGUGUACUGAAGACUUUAUAUAGAAUUUGCACUAGCUCCCAUAAGUCCUUGUUGGUUAUCGCCACGAAUUUUCUUUGGUCCGUAUCGGUCAUCCCAGAAUCUAGAAACAUAUAUGAUUCGCUCGAAUGGUUGCAUUUGCUGGACCUUGUUCGGAUGAUAUUUAUCUCACGUGCUCAUAAUAAAGAAAUGCGGAGAACAUACAAUUACAAACCAUUCAGUCCAAUUCCCUGUGUCACAAAGCUACGUCAUGCUGGGAUUAAGGUCAAUCGACAUAUGGCUGACAACUUCUUUGAUGUAAAAUUCAAGAACGGAAUCCUAAUGUACAACGAUAAUGGGGAUAAGACAGGUGCAUCUCUAUUCAUCGAGUCGUUGUCGGUCUAG